CAUUCUGGAAAUAUGUCCAUUAGCUGACUUCUAAAUCAAGCAAGCCUACAGAUUUUACUGUAACUGUUUCCCAGAUGCUUGUUGUUGCGCAACGCAUGGUGUGGCUAGCCCAGUAGUUACAGACAGAUUUUGACAUGUUUAUUCCUCUCCAACAGACUGAGCGUGGUUUCCCCCUGAUGUGUCAUCUGUUGGCAGGUGUUCAGAUAUGUGGUGUAUAUGCUUGUGAAUUUCAGAGCCACGAUCACUCUGCAGCGGAGUGCCAGAGACCAGGGCACAAACAUGAAGGAGAGUGGUGGAGGCUUUCACGCAUGGAAGGGGCUGCUGGCGGGGAUGUGCGUGCUGCUGCUGCUCCUGUGCUCUGCGGGUUUAAUGUUUCUGCUGGUUCGGCAGAGGGAGCUGGCGGAGGAGCUGGUCAGGUUGGACGCCCAGAUGCGGGAGCUGACGCAGAUCUGUAAGCUGCAGGCGGGAUUCCUGUCCACGGACCCCGGAGAGGCUGGAGAGCUGCAGACACUCCGCCGCAGCAGAAGGAACCAGGGAGGAGGACCAACACAAAGUCAAGACGAGAAGGAUACGCUGAUGCUGAUGACAUACUCCAUGGUUCCUGUCAAAGCCUUCAUUGACCUGUGUAGCAAGUCCGAAGGAGUUUGUUUAACAGGUCCACCUGGACCUCCAGGUUUGCCUGGUAGAGCUGGUUCACCAGGGCCACAGGGUGUGCCGGGGCCCGAGGGGAGACGAGGAAAAAGGGGACCCCCUGGUGAAAAAGGAGAACCUGGACCUAAAGGAGACCCUGGGCCUCCCCGACUGAAAGGUGAAACCUGCAACGACAUUCUCGUUGAGGGUCCUCCUGGUCCGAGGGGUCCACCAGGUCCACCAGGCCCACCUGGUCCAGCAUGUCAUGCCUGUCUUUCUAAUAAAAUGAGAAACAAGACCAGAGGACAUGUUCAUCAAACCAACAGGGUGAUGGAUUCAUCUCCUCCUCUCCUGACCAGAGAGGCCUUCAAUGAGACCGACACAGAAAACAUCAGCAGUUCAACAAUGAACAUGGCUGAAUCACCAACACCACCUCCAGCUGAUGACUCCAGAGAUGUCUUUCAUGUUACUGACUCUGAGAAACUUCUAGACACAAAAAUUGACCCAGAAUCACAGACACUGCGUCCAGCUAAUGACACCAGAGAUGUCUUUAAUGUUACUGACUCUGAGAAACUAACGGACACAACAAUGGAAGCUGAGUCAGAAUCAUUUCAUCCAGACGACAGGGACAACACCUUGAAUGAUACCAACACAGGAAAUGUCACAGAAGCAUCAGUAAAAUUAUUGACAGCCCUGCUUUCUUUAGACUCAGCUCGCAACAGUGAUGCCUUCAAAGACAGAGGAAAUAUCACUGAUUCUACAAUGACAAGUGAGUCAGUAUCACCUCGUCCAGACUAUGGACAUGACCCCUGGAUUGAAACCAACACAGGGAAUGUUACAGAGGCUCCUGUUCAAUUAUUACCAGUGUUACCAACACCACAUUCAGCUGAUGAAGCCAGAGAUGUUUCUAAAUUUACAAACUCAGAGGAGCUCACAAACACAGAUAAAGAAACUGUUUCAUCUCCUCCUCUCCUGACCAGAGAGGCCUUCAAUGAAACCGACACAGAAAACAUCAGUUGGUCAACAAUGAACAUGACUGAUUCACUGAUACCACCUCCAACUGAUGACUCCAGAGAUGUCUUGAAUGUUACUGAUUCUAAGAAACUUCUAGACACAAAAAUGGACCCAGAAUCACAGACACCACGUCCAGCUGAUGACUCCAGAGAUGUCUUUAAUAUUACUGACUCUGAGAAACUUACAAACACAACAAUAGACACUGAGUCAGAAUCAUUUCAUCCAGACGACAGGGACAACACCUUGAAUGAUACCAACACAGGAAAUGUCACAGAAGCACCAGUAAAAUUAUUGACAGCCCUGCUUUCUUUAGACUCAGCUCGCAACAGUGAUGCCUUCAAAGACAGAGGAAAUAUCACUGAUUCUACAAUGACAAGUGAGUCAGUAUCACCUCGUCCAGACUAUGGACAUGACCCCUGGAUUGAAACCAACACAGGGAAUUUUACAGAGGCUCCUGUUCAAUUAUUACCAGUGUUACCAACACCACAUUCAGCUGAUGAAGCCAGAGAUGUUUUUAAAUUUACAAACUCAGAGGAGCUCACAAACACAGAUAAAGAAACUGAGUCAGUAUCAUUUCAUAAAGACCACAGCCAUGACACCUUGAAUGACUCCAACACAGAGAAUAUUACAAGGACACCAACAAAAGUAUUAACAGUCCCACUUUCUGAAGACGAAAACAGUGAUGCUUUCAAUGGCAGCGGAAUUGUGAUUAAAACACCCAUGUCAAGUGACUCCCAGGAUAACGAGCCAAAUUUAACUGGCAACAAGAGACAGACAGAAACUGAAUCACCAACACCACAUCCACCUGACAAUACCAGAGAUGUCUUGGAUGUUUCUGACUCUGAGAAACUUCUAAACAUGAAAAAGGAACCUGAUUCAGUAUCAUAUCAUCGGGAUGGCAGCCACAGCAUCUUGAAUAAUACCAACACAGGACAUGUCACAGAGGCACCAGUAAGAUCAUCAACAGUGGAACUGGCUCAAACGAGGGAAACUUUAAAUAUCAGUGGAAACAUUAUAGAUACAGCCAUGAAAAGCGACUCUUCCUAUCCGCACCAGACUGCGAACAAGAUCAAUGUGACAGCCAGUGAGGAAUGGACAAAAACUGAGUGCAAAAUUAAAAAUAUAAAAUGUUCGGAGAGAGAGAACAAAAUGAAAAGCACCUUUGGAGCCUGGAUGUCGGAUGUAUCACGGCUGGAUGACGGUCGAUACUGGUUGGCUGAUCAUUUUUCAGGUCGAGUUUUGGUGGAGUACGAGAACAUUGCAGCAUUUCAGAGCACAAGCAACAAAACUAUAGACAUCGGGAGGUACUACCAGGGGUGCGGCCAUGUUGUUUACAAGGGGUCAUUUUACUUCCACAAUGCAGGAACAAACAAGCUUAUAAAAUUCAGCCUGAACUCCAGGAGAACACACACACUGACUGUGCCGAACAGCAGACAUAAAAACCUGACAUAUCUCUUCACCCACUCUAAGACAUACUUCAAGUUUGCUGUGGAUGAAAAUGGACUGUGGGUCAUUUUUGCAUCAGAUACAGAUGAUAAUACGAUGGUUGCAAAGCUCAACCCUGACACAUUGUCCAUAGAGUCUGUCAUUAACACUGCCUACCCUACAACCAAAGCAGGAAAUGCUUUCAUUGUAUGUGGGGUGCUUUAUUUUACAGAUGACAGUGACAGAAGAGUGACAUAUGCCUUUGAUCUAAAGAGAGAAAGUCCUUUAGAUGCAAAUAUUGAUUUAAGGCCAGGUAAUGGUAUCUUGGCCAUGCUGUCAUACUAUCCCAACAGAAAGCUUUUGUAUAUGUGGGACAACAGCAGUGUGAGAACCUGCAGAGUUAAACUCAGAGUGACCUAAAAAUAACCAAAAACCUUGUGAAAUGAGCAAUAAAAGAAUUUUGUAAAAUAUCAAUUUGUUUAUAUGAAUUUCAAAAGACAAUGAUCUGAUUUUGACACAGGAUGAAGUUGUUGGUAGAGGUUUACUAAGUUGCACUGGAUAUUGUUUACCAAGAAUGUGUGACACAUUAUUUAAAAAAAGAUUAUUGAGUACUGACUACAAGUGUUCACACCACAAUGCUGGAUUUAUGCAGCAUGAUAUGAAGAAUAUAAGAAGAAAGAAAAUAAUUUUGUUGAGAUUCUCAGAGCUGCAACAAUCUGCUUUUUGGUUUUUCUCAAAAAAUUCACUGUUUAAAUUCAUUUUUCAUGUUGAUGGUCAAAGUAAGAGCAGUAAGGUGGUGCAGUGGUUAGCACUGUCGCCUCACAGCAAGGAGGUUCCCUGGUUCGCCCGGGGCUUUUCAGUGUGGGAUCUGAAUGGUUGUAUGUCUCUAUACGUUGGCCUUGCGAUGGACUGGCGACCUGUCUAGGGUGUACCCCGCCUCUGGCACAGAAUGGUCAAAGUAAUAUAUGUGUAUGGUGUGAUAUUGCAUAUACACAGUUGAUACAUGACAAAAGGAAACACAAAGAUGAAGGAUUAAGAGCCUCAGAUGAGUGCAACUGCACUGGGACCCCAGACUCCCAGUGGCCCCAAAAACCCAAAUUUCUCUGUCUGUCAAUAGGUUUUUUUUGGUAAUUUGUCAGAGAGUUUAAAGUACAACAUCAAUUAAGAAGGUUCUGCAUUUUUAGGUUAUCUUGUUAGUCUGUCUGAUGGAAACUUGCAGGUGACACAAUAUAUAAAUGCUCAGAUGACAGGAGGUGGUGGUGGUCAGUAGGCAACCAACAGCCAACUUCUGCCACGAGACGCUCUGACAACUAAUCCAGCCAUGACAAAAGCACUGGAAUUUACCUCUUAUGAAAGCUGUAUUCUCAUCAAGUUAGCGCCUGUGCAGCAGGGCUGAGACCUUGUCUUUGGAGAGAAAAAAAUUCCCUAAAUUAGUUUGAGACCAGACUGAAAUUUGGGUUUGGAGCAUACAGAGAGAACAGAGAAUAUACAUGGGGAAAGAACAUUAUGUUACAUGUUACUGUUAAUUUCAACAUCAUGCACAUUUGUGACAGGAAAAAGCCAUUUUAAUUGCCACUAUACUUGUGGGCCAUGUUAACUUUCUCAAUAACAUUGAUUUACACAAAGAGGGAAUUAUUCCCAAAGAUCAAGUGGCAGUGUGUGCUUGAAAUGAUACAGGAUCUUACAUAAUCUUGCCAGAACUGGCUUUUCUCUGAUUUGCAAUUAUCUGAGAAAAAACUGGUUGCACAGCUCAGGCUGCACUGCUUUUUUCCCUUUGUUGCUGAAUUAAGUACAAUGGACUUCUGAAACUUCUCAGUAAUUCAGUUACAUCUCAGUGAAAGGUCUGUGUGAUGUAACCUAAUAUGCUUGACUGCUGUUGUGUCAUGCAUUUUGUACAAUAUAGUUGGUUGGGUAACUAGAUCAGCUUACUCAUGUCUACUGGGACUCUAUUUUAAGUUAAUUACAUACCACCAUGUGAUUUCAGACAAUAAAUAUGCCUAAUAAGUCAUGAGAUAGUGUUCAUUUUUAGAAUUCAGUGUUUGUGAAUUUUCAGUUUGAGACGGUGUUCAUUUCUGUAAUUGGUAACAAACAUUUUGUUUGUUUGUUUGUUUUUUUUAGCUAUUGCUGUUUUUAUUGUUUGUUUAUCUCAGUUUCAUUUGAUUUUAUUCCUCUUUAAAUGUUACAUUUUACCACCAAAGUUCGAGCUCUUAAUGUUGCAAUUCUGUUGAAAAUCAUGUAACGCACUUUGUAGCUUUAUUUUAAAAAGUCCUAUAUAAAUAAAGCUUACUAUUACAAUUACUGUUACUUUUA